AUGAAUGACACAACAGAGGUAAUCUCAGUGAUGCUGGUUUACAAACCUGUCAAAGCACUGCUGUCCAUGCUGCCAUGUCUCCUCUGUCUCUAUGUGAACUGCAUCAUGAUGUUUGUCUUGUUGAGGAAGCCUCUGCUGCUGGAGUCUCCCCGCUACAUCCUGUUUGGUCAUUUACUCCUCACUGACUCUCUGCAGCUUCUCAUAGCCAUGCUGCUGUACAUCUUCGCCCUGACCAUGGUCACAAUGAUGAGUUAUGUUUGCGUUAUUAUCUCAAUAUGUGCAUCCAUCACUCACAAAAUGUCACCCAUGACCAUUACUGUGAUGUCUUUAGAGAGGUACGUGGCCAUUUGUUUUCCACUGAGGCAUGCUGAUGUUGUCACCGCCAGGAAGACCAGCGUGGUCAUAGCUGUGAUGUGGACCGUGGUCACUCUGGAGUCGUUUGUUGACCUUUUUGUGUUUGUCAGUUAUGAUCACAUGGGCGUCACCUUGCCAAGAAUCUGCCGCGCCAACCCGGUCCUCCAGCUACAAGUUUAUUACUCUGUGCACAGGGCUAUCAAAAUUGUGUUUUUUGUAUCAGUGAGCAUGAUUGUCAUCUACACAUACAUUUCUAUAAUGCUAACUGUGAAAUCAGCCUCUUCUAAUGUCCGUAAUGCCACUAAGGCCCAUAAGACUGUGCUGCUGCAUCUGCUCCAGCUCUGCAUGUGUCUCACCUCCACUCUGUUCAUGAUGAUAAACACCAGCAGCAAGUGGAAUGUAAGUCCUGCUGUGGCCAUUGACAUUCAGUAUGCCCUCUUUGUAGCUCUUAUCAUUUUCCCCAAGUGUUUGAGUCCUCUCAUAUAUGGCCUCAGAGAUCACACCUUCAGACGCGUCUUCAAAUACUAUUUCACCUUCGGAUUCAAGAUUAAACCUUAA